AUGGAGAGCUACGCUCUGGUCAGGCCAUCUCUUAGCCUCAAUCAACGCCGCGUACUCCCCAGCGCGACUAUCAUGAUCAUCACCUUUGUGUCUACUGCGACGGCUCGCGUCAUCUUGCGAGUAUACUUCAUCGUCUGCAUAGCAGCCACUGCGUGGCUUUCCAAGAUAGCUCUGCACAUAUUGGCCAAAAUCGUCGUCGCCCGCCGCCGCACGGUUUUUGCCACGAGCGUCAUUGGCUCGCUCGACGGCCUCGAUCUUGUGCUCACCUCGUUCCGGCUUCGUAGGCUCGCAGGCGGCACCGUGGGCUUCUCCAUAUUGCUGCUCCUAUUUCUCUUGGGAAAGGCGGCUGACGUCCUGACUGCCUACCUUGUCGUCAGCAAGCCCGUAAAGGACCGGUGCUGGUUCGGCCAGGGUCUCGUUUUCAACGACUCCAUGCCCGAUAUUUAUUCGCAAGUCAACGGGAGACCGGUAGCCGUGCUGCAGAAUGCGCAGGUCUUUGCCGUCAACAACACUUGCCCCUACGGGAUAUACAAAAAAGUCAACCUCGACCCAUCAUUCUGCCCGGAUGACAGCGACAUCAUCGGCUCAUGGAAGUGCGAGACGACGGCGUCGCUCACUCUUCCGGCGGGGACUUCAAACGUGACCAUUAUCAACGACUUGGUAUCCAAGAAGAUGCUGUACACAAACUGGUUCGAUGAGUACAGCGACAACACCGGCACAGGAUCCAACACUAACCAUCUGGUGGCAUGGAGCACCUCGGCUGCCGCCAACUCUGACGGGUCAGACUGGGGUGUCCUCGCCGCCGUCCAGAAGAGCUGGGAACCAGACGAGCCGGUGCAGCUUGACGCCCUCAAAUGCACCCUGAAUGCACCCGGGGCGACAAACACGGCCCGAAGCAUGGCCUCCCUUUACGACCUCAGGGUCUGGGCGCCCAUGUUUCAGGGCUUGAUGUAUUGGGGCACCAACACGCCUGCUGUCGGUAACGUGGCCGGUCAGUUGGCCAUGCUGCUCAACACCAUGAUCAUGAUCUCUGGAGGACGAAACUACCUGCUUGCAACGCCGGGAGCCCGACAAGACCAGACGCAGGGAUGCGUCAAGCCCGCGGCGUAUGUGCCACCCACCAUGAUUGCCAUAUUCCUGUUUGUACUGGCGCUUUUCGUCCUUUCCUUGCUCGCGUUUCUCAUCUUGUCCCUUUGGUUUAGAAUUCUGAAAGGCAACUUGCCCGAGGGCGACAUACGGGAGAUCGAGACGGUUCCACAGGAUGUGCUGGAGUGGGCGCUGCUCGCGGCGCGCGGGCACUCACUUGGACCUCGCGUGCCGCAACCAGGCGCUGCUGUUCAUAACGCCCAAGAUGAAGGAAACAAUGGAGGGGAGAUGGAGGAAUUGGGCCCUGCGAAUCAUGGUGAGAACGACUUGGCGGCUGUAAACGGCGCCAACAUGGACCUGCCACUGAUUCAAGAAGGCCCUGGGGCGCCUGUGGCUGGCGAUCCGGGCGGCGCGGGCGAUGGAGCUGGUGUUAUGUUGAUAGAGGCGAGAGAACUAGGAGAGUUUCGAAUCGGCUUUGAACGAGUUGAUGGCGAGGGUAGGACAGUCGGGAUAUUUAGGCGCGCUGGCUGGUAA